AGUGCCGCCAAAACCGUCAUCGUCACUAUUUUCAAAACAUGAACGUUAGACAGCUGAGCGAUUUGUAAUUAUUUCUGUUCAGAGUGAAAAGAUAAGUCGCUGGAUUACGGUUGGUUAUCUGGUCUAACAAGAAGAGGCGGACACAUAAUGUCAUACAUAGCUACGAUAUCUGACAGGUGUAUCAACUAACUUUCGAGUGGACAUCGGUAUAGGUUGGACCCCCACCCAAAAGACAAACGACUGUCUUCCCAUAAAACGCCUCGUUCUUCGGGAUGGAGAAUGGGGUUACAGCCACUAAAGCCGAGGGCUUCCUCUCCAGAAUGGCCCUCAAUGACAACAAGGCUGGCAUGGAGGGUCUCGACAGAGACAAGAUCAACAAGAUCAUCAUGGAGUCAUCCAAGGGGUCCAGGUUUUAUGAGAACGAGCUGAAGAGAGAGCAGCAGGUGAACCAGCGCAUUGAGAAAAUGAUGCUACAAAAGGAACAGAUCACAGAACAACAGUUAAAGAAAGCACAGGCUCAGGUGGAGAGGAUGGCCACUGAGCUGGAGAGGAGUCGUGACCUAAGCCGUGUGAUAGUACAUGUGGACAUGGAUGCUUUCUACGCUGCUGUGGAGAUGAGAGACUGUCCUGACCUUAAGGAGAAGCCCAUGGCUGUAGGAUCCACGAGCAUGCUGUCAACAUCUAACUACCAUGCGAGGAAGUACGGGGUUCGAGCCGCCAUGCCUGGCUUCAUUGCAAAGAAGCUCUGCCCCAACUUAGUAAUUGUUCCACCCAACUUUGAUAAAUACAGAGCUGUGAGUAAUGAGAUCAAGGAGAUUUUUGCAGACUAUGACCCUCACUUCCAGCAAAUGAGCCUGGAUGAAGCCUAUCUGGAUUUUACAGACCACCUGGAACAGAGGCAGAUCUCGCCAGAUUCUUCACGUACACAUUUCUUCCGCGCCAGCAGCACCACUACAGGUAAAGAGCAGAUUGAGCUUCCCCAGGAGGAAGUGCCAGAGAUGAAAGACCUCUCUCCAGUCCUGUUUGAGGACAGCCCGAGCUCCUCUCCUUGCUUGCCGGGCUCUGAAGGUGUCAGUGCUGCUGGUUGUGCAUUCGAAGUGUUUGGUAAGUCUGUUGAGGAGGCUGUGAGAGAGAUGCGCUUCCGCAUUGAGCAGAGGACCAUGCUGACUGCCAGUGCAGGAAUUGCUCCAAACACAAUGCUUGCCAAGGUUUGCAGUGACAAGAACAAGCCCAACGGCCAAUACAGACUCCCUUCCACCAGAGAGGCAGUCAUGGACUUCAUCCAGAAUCUCCCAGUUCGCAAAGUUUCUGGCAUAGGGAAGGUGAGUGAGAAGAUGCUAAAUGCUCUCGGCAUCAGUAGCUGUGCUCAUCUUGGCCAGCAGAUGGCGUUGCUGUCAUUGUUGUUCUCGGAGACAGCCUGGCAUCAUCUCAUGCAGGUUUCCCUGGGUCUGGGCUCUACAUAUAUACCAAGGCACGAAGAAAGAAAAAGCAUGAGCACAGAAAGGACAUUUAAAGAACUGAGUAAAGCAGAGGAGCAGUUGUCUUUAUGCAGGGAGCUCUGUGAAGACUUAGCAGAGGACAUGAAGAAAGAAGGUCUCAAGGGUAAAACGGUAACACUGAAGCUUAAGAAUGUAAACUUUGAGGUGAAAACGAGGGCGCUGACGCUGCCGUAUGCUGUUGCUACAGUGGAUGAGAUCUUUGCAGUUGCUAAGGACCUACUGAAAACGGAAAGAGACAAUGAAAGCCCCCAGCCACUCAGACUGAGGCUCAUGGGUGUUAGAAUCUCUGCCUUUGUCAGUUCGGAUGAUAAAAAGGGCCUGCAGAAGAGCAUCAUUGGCUUUCUUCAGCCAGGCAAGACUGACCCUAGUGGCUUUUCCCAAACAAUGCAAGAAAAGCUUAAGAAAGAGCAUCUCUCAGGUCCCUGCUUCCAAACCUUGCCCCUUGCUUGUUGUCCCUUGGCGCAGAAUGGCCAGAGACAAGAGGAAGUUCCCGGGUGGAGUAAGCAGAGGGGGUUAGAGGGGAGCCAGACUGGUGAGUCUUUCUUCCAAAAGGCUCGUGCCAAAAGACUACAACUCCAGGCAACAAAUACAAGCACCCAAGAGGAAGGACAAAGUGAGAUUGCUUCUGUGACUAAGUCCACUGGCACUUACGCUCAAAAGGGCGUAGAGUCAUCAACAAAAGUGCACAAGAGUAACUGUACAGCCUCAGAUCUCUCAGAAAAUGAUUUUGUUUCACCUGUAGAGGCCCAUGCAUCAACGUCAGGCUGUGGUGGCACAGUGUCAGCAGAGAGCCUCACCUGUCCAGUGUGUUUCAGGCAAGUGGAGACGACUGAUUUGAAUGUCUUCAACAGACAUAUAGACCAGUGUCUCAGCGAUGUCUCUACAAAGCCAAAGCAAAUCACAAUUUCUGACACAGAGUCAGAUUUGAACCUAGAGAGUGACUAUAAAGAAUGUGAAGUGGUGGACAAAUGGAGGGGGGACUGUGAGGGUGAGGAGGAGAAAGCAAAGAACAGAGAAGAGUUGGAGUCAAACGGAGAUGAUCCUCAGGAAGACCAACGCAGCUUGAAAAAUUCUAUUCAGACGGCUUUGUUGAUCAAUGGCGACAACAAAACAUGUGAUGAUAAAGGCCCUGUCCUCAUCUGCCCAGUAUGUCAGCUGACCCAAGAAAGUGAUGACCUCAUUGUCUUCAACCACCACGUAGACCUCUGCCUGAACCAGGAGGUUCUACAUGAGCUUUGGACACAGACAUCAUCUACCAUUAAUCCACCUUCAGUUACAAAUAGCAAGGCCAUAGACAGAGGCCGUCUCCUGCCGACGCAUGCAAGUAAAGGCAAAACCAAAAGACGGGACACGCCGUCCUCUCCUCCUUCUAAAAAGGCUAAAGUGCUUGGCCCUCGCAACACGAUCGACAAGUUUUUCAGGUGACAGUCAUGCACGCAGAAUGUCCAUUCCUAUCUGGAGGAACCAAGAAAGUUUUCUACAGGAAAUGAAGAACAUCAUCAGGUUCCGGACUCCAUUGUUCAAACUGUCGUCACAAUCAUUGCAGCAAAAGCAAUAUUCAGUUGUUUUUUCUUCAAAAAUCUGUAAUUAUGAUAAAUUGAUAUAAGUAUUGUGUGCACUAAUAUGCUUUAUUUGUUCUUUAUAAGCCACGCACUAGACAAGAAAUUAAAAAUGAAAAAACCAAAUUCUCUAUUAAUUCUGGCACAUUAAUAGAACUACUUAUGUUAUAUAACAUACCUAUGACCCUGUUGUCAAUUGCAGUUUCUGUUUCACUGAAGAUGAGCCUAAUGUUUUUAUUUAAAUGUAUGCUAAAUUGAUCAUGAAGUUAUUUAUUGCUCAGAUGCCUGUGUUUUUAUUUAUGUUCAUGAUGUAUUUUAUUCAGAUAUUUUCAGUAAUUUGAAAAAUCUAUUGUAUUUAUAUUGUUUAUUCCAAUGAUAACACUGUAUGUGUGUAAUAAUGAAAGGAAGGGAAUCCUUCUGUCUUGUACAAUGAGUUUGAAAUAAAUGAAUAUUCCACUGGA